CACUAUAAACAUUAGCCGUAAAAUAGGCGACAGCAGUCUGAAUCGUUAUGAGAACAAAAUUCAGAUGAUCGAGGAAGUAGAAACAUUUUCUAGACGCGACUUUUAUUUUAUGUGUUGUUAUCUAGCAGAACUAUCUUUUGUGCAGUUGUAUCCCAGCGCGCUUCUGAAUUCACAUGCUCUCAGUUACAACGUAACGAGCGAGUGACGAAAUACUCUAUCGAAUCCGCUAUCCAUGUGCGAUUCUGAAUCGAAAGGGUUGAAUGGUUUUGACCAGUCCACGGCGGCAUGCAAAGUUCAUUUAGGGACAGGGGUCGAGAUUUAGGUUAUCAUCAUCCAAAAUCGUCUGCGGAAGAAAUACCUGAAGGCGAGCCGAUGGUUUUGGGAAUGAACAGUGAAAGUUAUCAGGCCAACGGCCACGACAACGAGACAUACGAACUGAACAGUAGAGAAGGACCGUCCGCCGUUGGUUUAUCAAAAAAAUCUUUGCCAGCAAAUGGAAAGAAAACUAAAGGACGAGUCAAAAUCAAGAUGGAAUUUAUCGAUAAUAAAUUACGCCGAUAUACGACUUUCAGCAAACGAAAAACUGGAAUUAUGAAAAAGGCCUAUGAACUGUCAACACUAACUGGCACGCAGGUCAUGCUGUUAGUGGCAAGUGAAACUGGUCAUGUGUAUACAUUUGCUACACGUAAACUCCAGCCAAUGAUUACAAGUGAGGCUGGUAAAGCUCUAAUUCAAACUUGUCUAAACUCUCCUGAUCUUCCACCUGAGCCUGGUGCUUCAGGACUUGACCAAAGGAUGAGUGCUACAGGCUUUGAGGAAACAGAUCUCACUUACAGUGUUGCAGAUGACUGUGAGAAGCAGCCCCAGUUUCCCGCCACCAGCUCCUCUCAGAAUCAUCAGCCCAAGUUCCUUCAACACCAGUACGAAGACUGCCAGCACCAGAAAUUGCCACCAUUCUAUAUGAUUUAAGACCAAGAGAAGAGUGGAGAGCCAGAUCAACCCAGAAAACUUCCAAAGCAAUAGCAAAUCAAACUCUCACUUAAAGAGUCAUAUCUUUGGGAAGGAAAACAAAAAAAUAGUAAAUAAAAACUCUGCAUUUGCGGAACAGGAAUGUAAAUAAAAUUUAUGCAAAUGUAUUUUGCCUAUUUAAUGCCGUCUGAAAGGCGUGGUCAUUUGUUAUAUAUAUAAAUGUGAAUAGAAGCUUUUUCUUUAUCUUACAUGUUUGAUCAGAAUGUCUUCAUUUUGUUUGAUGGAAAAAAAGUUAUAUAUAUAUAUGUAUUGACCAUAUUUUUAAAAGUAUUGUCUGCCUUUUUUUUUUUUCCGAUGAAAUUUAAAGUAUUCUGUGUCAAAUUGCCAAAUUGAGAAGCUAAAUUUCCCAUUAUUCCGUCUAAAAUGCUGAAUCGGGGUAACUGAGAAUUCCAUAAGAAGCUGCAGAGUGCGACGACGCACGCUUCUUAUUUUGGCAAUAGACGGCAUCAUGAUACUCUUCUUCCUUUUUCGGGAAUAAUAAUGUCACAUGACUCAAGAGUGACGAAUUUGAUUGGUUUUCAUCCCACCUUUGACUCCUCCUGCAAAAUCUGAAAUUAUGAAAGCGGAGCUGGUUUUCCUACACCAAUUAUCCUUUUUCAUCGCUUUUUUGAGCUCUUUCCCCCUCCUCAGCCCUGCGGGCAGGGUAUUAUAAUUAAUCAACUUUUCCUUUCACGCGUGCUUCUCACUUCUGAGUUCGACGAUCUGUGCUGCCCGAAAAAUGCCACCUUCUCUUUUAACCAUUUUAACCGCUUUUAUUUUGGGCAAUUCUCUAGCUUUUUAUAUUCUUGCUAACUUGCAUAAUAUCUAUGCUAUGAUGCUUACACUUUCGGUUUCUAUUUUGCAGCGAAAUAUUCCACUGCAUUUAUUUUCUUCAGCUCAUGAAAAAUCAACUACCAAACAUUUCAAAAACGAGAAAAUCUGUAGAAGGGGGGGGGAUAUUUUAAGAUUUUUUUUUCUAAGUACAAUUUUAUGUAAGUGAUAGGUAAAUAAACAGAAUAAGCUGGUUUUGGUGAUUUUAAGUUAGGACAGUAUUUUCUGUCUUAAUUAAAAAUCAUACCGGAAAGCUGCAGCUAGUGUUAUUAUCGUCUUUCAGUUCGUAAUAAAAGAAGAAGCAAGCAAAUUGCAUUCAACAAGUAGACUUCAAACUGACGGCAUGACAUCUCUGGUAUAUACUUUAAUGGAAAGGUAACAACCUAGACUAGUGAAAGAAAGAAAAGUAUGCAUGGAAUUGUAAUUGUCAAAGUAGUUGUAAUAAAGUAAGUAACGAAGAAAUCUUCAGGAAUAACGCAUUUUCUUCUAGGUGAUAUUUUUCUCAAAUAGUUAUGUUAAUCUUCUGCAUUAUAUGAAAAAAAAGAAUGACAGCUGCUAAAAACGGAACUAUUAAACUUUAAAAUUAUAUCAGAAAAGAAAAAAAUUAAUGAGAGAAUUGAUCUCUGUUUCUUUUUUAAUCAAUUAAUUAAAAAAGUCUUAAUAUGUAAUCCCUGGAAUAUUAAUAUAUUCAUAUCAGAUUAAAAAUACAAUUAAUAAAAGAAUCAAAUUUAUAUCGGCAUGAAAGUACUUCAUGAUAAGCGUUUACUGUGUUGUUCAUUUGACUAGAAAUCGAGUACUUUUAAAUGAAUAAUGUAACAGAGGCGUAAAUUUAAUAACAAGAAUAGCUAAAUUAGGGUAAUAAAAGUGUUUUGAAUUAUGGCAUAUGUGUUAUUAGAUUUGCGAAAGAUGUUUCUAUUUUUAAAGUGAAGGAUCACGUUCGACUUUUUUUUUCAUUAAAAUUAUCGGGCGAUAAUUUCUUAUAAUUUAUUAAGGGAAUUCUGCUUAUGGAAUAAAUUAUAGUUCUAAUGUGUAGAGGUAUUUUUGAUAAAAUUCGUAGAACUGCUGCAGAAGAGAAUGCGGUAUUUUGCUGGAAAAUUAAUCGAGCAAAUAGCUUAUCAAAAAUGAUAUGCUAAUUUUCUGUCGCUAACUGUUGCUGUUAAAAAAGGCUGUAAAGGAACUCUUUAUGUCAAAUAGUAUUGCAGAGUCGACUAAAAGUUGCUGAUAUUUUAUUAUUAAAUACAUUUACUGGACUGGUGAGAGCUUGUUAGUAGUUUCAUGAAAGUAUUAAUGUAGGAAACGUUUAGAAUUUUUUUUUGGGGGGGAAAGCACUAAUUUCAAAAUAUCUAAAACAUACGUUUCUAUACAAUGAAGUAGGAGGCGAUUUAUACAAAGUAGCGAUGUUUGACAUUUGAUUAUUUUUAAAUGAAAUGUUUGGUAGUUUUAAUUUAUUCAGAUAGCUUUAAAAGAAGUUGCAGGUUAAUGUUAUUUUCUGCCAAAAAAUUUUAAAAUGCUAAAUACAGUUGUAGCAAUUUUCAUUGUUGUUAUAGGUCAUUUUAAAUAGUUCACUGAGCAAAUGUUUUUACAUCAUAGUAUGUAUUUGUUAGCAUGAAGUUUGUUGCAUUUUUAGUUAUAUUUUAGAUCUUAAGUAUUUGUUGUUAAUACAUCUUGUAAUUAUAUAAAAAAAUGUAUUGAAUUUUUUGUUUUGUUCAUAUAGAAAUAUUCUAAUAAAUGUUUUUUUCUGCUAUUUGCUUUUAAAAUUCUAGAUGAUUGUUUCGUAAAUCAGGAAUUAUUUUAAUGUAGGAAUAUUAAUCUAGUCUUGCAUUUCGUAUUAUGUCUUGGUUGUGUCUGCUGACUUUUGUCUGUGAAAUAAUAAGAGUGCUUUUUAAAUCAAAAUUUAAAUUUUUUUCAAUAAAUGAAUGUUAUGCGUUAUUUUUGGAGAAAAAAUUAAUUUUAGAACAUUUUUAUAAUAUUGAUCAAUAUGAUGAAUGCACUAUGUUUUUAUACUUCAUGUUUAAAUGUUGUGAUUUAAAACGGUUUCUUGCAAGUUGUUUAUAACCUGUGUUCUUGCGAGUUCUGUACAAAAUUUUAUUCUUAUUCAGUUUUUGGAAUAUUGCAUUUUCUAGUGUUGAUUGUAUGUAGCUCUUCUUCCUUGAUGGAAGUAAGCCAACAUGGUAUCCAUUGUAAUUUAACAUUUAAAACCGUCCUAACCAAAGGGAUGUAGUUUUAGUAGAGCAACCUAAUUUAUGAAAAUAACAUACAGAGCUGGCUCUGUUAAAUUAGAUGUUUAGUGCCUAAAUUUUGUAGUUAUGUGUAUUUUUUAUCUAUAUUGAAUCUUUUCACCCAUGCCUCUUCAUGCAGUUUACGCAUUUAUGUACGGAUAGAGCGAUUUGUAAGUUUAAAGAAGUUCCUUCCAUUAUGAAGAAAAAUGUGCAUACAGAAGUUCUCGUUGCAAAAAAAGUACAUCAGAGACAAUUUACAAAAUUUUAAUAAUCGUAAUUCCUGUUAAAUAAAUAAUAAUAAUAAAGGCUCCAAGAGACGAUGUGAGCUUUAGUAAUUUGAUCUCUGAUUUUUAUUGUGUACAAAGAAAUGAAAUGUAUUAUGUAGAAAAGAAUUUGAAAUAUAUAUAAAAAAAAGUGCCCAUACCCUUAAUGUUAUUGUGCGCAUUUUUCGAAUGCCAUUUAAUGUUAAUGAAACUUUUUAAAUUUUUAGCGAUAAAUUACUGAAAUCGCAUCGAAUACAUUUUCCAAAUUUAUGUUCAGAAAUUUCUGUCGCUCUGUCCUAUAAAUUUUACUGUAAGAAUUUAUAAUUUAUUAAGUGCCAAGCGAUAGUGCCUAGACAUUCCAAGUGCCAAUUUGUGCGAUUAACUAAGCACUCUUGAUCGUUUUUAAGCUGCCGAAAAAAAUACAAUUUUCUACCGCCGUGCCUAUGUUAGGAUAUCUUAUGUCCUCAAUUAUCGUAAUUUGAGAUAGAUCGUAGAUUUAUGCUAUUUAUCUUACCUAAGUAAAAUUAUGUUUUUAUGAAAAUAUUAUUAAUGAAAGCCAUAUUUUAUCAAAAUUUACUUUAAUGUCGCUUCUGAAUCCUAAUUUGAGGAUGGAAAAGUUCUAAUUGUAUGUAGUUUCAGAAGCAUUUUAAAGUAUUGUUAAUUGCAAAGUUACUUUGUUAUUAAUAUUCAUUGUUGGGUUAUAUAUUAGAAAUGUCUAAAUAAGAGGACGUUAUUCCAUCAUUAGAGUGAAAAUUUCUCACCAUUGUAUUCUAAAGUAGAUCAUUUUGUUUAAUUUUUUAACUUCGGCCUUGAAAAAAUAUUUUUUGUUGUUUUUGUAAAUGGUAACUGAUGUAAGAUUUUAUCGUUUAAAAUGUUUUUAUGUAGUUUUUAUAUUAAUUAAAAAUACUAGUACUGUUUUACCUUAAAUUAAAAUUUUUAAUUUUCUUUCUUUUAAUUUUUUAAUUAAAAGAAAUAAUAAUAGUUGCUUUUAAUUUAAAAAAAGAUUAUCUUGUAUUGAAAAAAAAAUUAUCUUCUUAAGACGACGAUACGCACAAAAAGCGAGUAAGAACCGGUCAUAUUUAAUUAUCGUUGGCACUUUGUAUCUUCAUUGAAUUUUGUAUCCCUGAGAGCAGCUUGUGUUGAUGCAUAUUCAGCGAUGGCGGAUCUUUGGGAAAUACGGCUGGUUUCCGGUUCCCAUUCGAUUCGCUUGAUAUGUUAAAUCUGAAGGUUAGAUAAUAAUUAAAAGAAAUUGGAUCUGUCAUUGUAAAAAUGCUCAAGCCUUUUUACAAUCUUUUUUUUUUUUAUAUUAAAGAGAAAUAAAAUAAAUUUAGUUUAUA